AUGUCCGCGCCCAGCGCCACCACCGACGAAAAGAAGCAAGACAUGGGCGAGAUGCUCACAAAGACGGCCUCGGCCAAGUCGGACUCGUUUGGCAGCCGCAACGCCCUGCCCGAGCUCGAGUCGGACCUCUCGCGCUUCGAAAGAGACCUGCCCGACUCGCUCAAGGGACGCUCCCUCGACGAGCUCCGCGCAAUGGAACGCAAGCUCGUUCGCACCAUCGACCUCCGCAUCAUGCCCGUCACCAUCAUCGCCUUUGUCUGGAACAUCAUCGACCGCAACGGCCUCACCAACGCCAAGCUCGGCGGCCUCGAAGCCGACCUCGGCCUCUCGCACGUCCAGUACCAGACCGCCCUCAUGAUCCUCUACGUCGGCUACCUCCUCAUGCAGCUCCCCUCCAACAUGCUCCUGCCCUAUACCCGCCCCUCGAUCUACAUCCCCACCGCCAUGUUCCUCUGGGGCAUCGCCUCUGGCUGCUCGGCCGCCGUCCAGAACUUUGCCGGCCUCGUCGUAUGCCGCUUCUGGGUCGGCUUCAUCGAGGCCGUCUUCCUCCCCGCCGUCGUCUUCCUCAUGUCCUGCUUCUACACAAAGCGCGAGCUGCCAACGCGCAUCGCACUGCUCUACCUUGGCAACUCGGCUUCCAACAUGCUCGGCGGCCUCUUUGCCGCCGGCAUCCUCGCAAAUCUCGACGGCGCAGGAGGUGUCCAGGGCUGGAGGUGGCUCUUCAUCAUCGAGGCCAUCUGCACCGUCCUCGUCGCCCUGUCGGCGUACUACCUCCUCCCCGAUUGGCCCAGCAACACGCGCUGGCUCUCCCAGGAGCAGCGCGACAUGGCCGUCCACCGCAUCACCGCCGACGCAGCAGGAGCAAAGGACGAGGACCUGGACAAGUGGUACCAGGGCGCCGCCCUCGCUGUCAAGGACCCCCUCGUCUGGCUCUGCGUCCUCAUGCAGCAUGGUCUUUCCGUGACAAACUCUUAUUCGCAGUUCUUCCCAUCAAUUGUCAAGACUCUUGGGUACGAUCGCAUCAGGACAUUAGCUCUCACUGCUCCGCCGUAUGCAUUUGCAUUUAUCGUGUCGGUUUUCACGGCGUGGCACUCGGGCAAGACAAACGAACGUUGCUUUCACAUCAUCAUUCCGAUGUGUGUCACCAUCAUCGGCACCAUCUUGAUGAUGUUCCUCAAGAGCCUUGCCGGGCGGUACGUCUCGAUGUUCAUGGUCGGCAUCGGAUCCUACGCCGCCUUUUCCCUGAUCCUGUCGUGGAUCAGCGCGACCAUGGUCCGCCCGAAGGCGAAGCGCGCCGCCGCCCUGGCCAUCAGCAACGCACUCGCCAACAUCUCGCACGUCUACACGUCGUACGCCUUCAGCGACAGCACCAAGCCCUACUACCGCCCCGGCGGCAGCAUGAUCUGCGGCUUCGCCGCCCUCGUCUGCGUCUGCGCUCUGUCGCUCCGCACCCUCCUCAAGAAGCGAAACGACAAGAUGGAACGGGACGAGACGGAGCGCGUGGUCACCAACGACGGCCUGGAUGCCAACGGCCAGCUCGUCAACCCGAUGGGACACGGGUUCCGGUACACGCUCUGA